AUGAUAUUCUGUUGUAAUGUACUCAUAGAAAUGGCAAAAUCAAAUCAAUGUUCCAUUUGUCAAAAACCGACAGGAGUGAUGCAUUGCACAGGUUGUGAUGGUUACUUCUGCGCAAAGGAUUUCAGAGGUCAUCGUGAAAUAUUAUUUAAUGAGAUGGAAGAACUCGUUCAAGAGCGCAAUAAACUACAAGAGAAAAUUAACACAGCAACAAAAGGAAACAACUCACGUAAUCCACUAAUUGAAGAAAUCAAUGCAUGGGAAAGGAUUACGAUUGAAAAAGUGCGACAAACAGCGGAACAGGUGCGUCAGCAGGCUAAUCAGCUGAUGAGUUCAAAAUCUGUGAAAAUUACAAGUGAAUUCAGAGGCUUCUCUACAGAAUUAGCUGAUUUGAAAGAAACUGAGAACUAUGUUGAACAUGAUUUAACAAGGCUUAAACAAAAGAUUGAUCAAUUGAAUGUAGACGUGACUCAACUUUCUCAAGGAACUAGAAUUGAACUUAAUAAAGAAGAAAAUGAAAGAAUAAACUGGAAUCGUAUUAUCUAUGUUCAAGAAAAACCUGUCGAAGUUGAACGUCAGCAAACACCAACAAGAAAACAAGGUACGUUUGUGACGUCCAAUUUGAAUGAAUUUUCAGUAUAA